CACCUCUGCCUCUGCAGCAGUCAGUCGGUAAAUCACGUGACUUUUCCGGUAAGCACACACCCACCGCUCUCAACUGUCUCCAUGUUGCUCAGGAAGUCUUUCCAGUCUCUACUCUGUUGCCGAGCCUUUCAGUAGCAAGCAUCUAGUUGGGAUGAUGUCUAAGAAGGGAGGAAACCAAAGGCCGGAGAUGGAGGGUUCGGUGGAGGCGUCCAUCAUCCGCAUCCCCCCCCAUCACUACAUCCACGUGCUGGACCAGAACACCAACAUCGCCCGGGUGGAGAUCGGACCGCUCACCUACAUCCGCCAGGACAACGAGAGGGUGCUAUUCAUGCCGAUGCGGAUGGUGAUGGUGCCGCCGCGUCACUACUGCGUGAUCCUCAACCCCGUCGCCCGCGACGAUGACAAUCAGGUGCUCUUCGACCAAUCAGGGCAGGCCAAGCUUCGCCACGCCGACCUGGAGAUCCGCCUCACCCAGGACCCCUUCCCCCUGUACCCGGGGGAGGAGGUGCAGCAGGACGUGACCCCGCUGCAGAUCGUGUUCCCCGACACGGCGCUGCGUCUGCAGGCUCUGCUCGACUUCGAGGAGGAGCGUGGGCAGAAGAGAGUGGCCGGAGACGAGUGGCUGUUCGAAGGACCAGGGACCUACAUCCCCAGGAAGGAGGUGGCCGUGUUGGAGACCAUCAAGGCAACGGUGAUCCGGGAGAACCAGGCCAUCAGACUGAGGGCCCGCAAGGAGGGCGUGGACCGCGGGGGGGUCCGCAGGGUCACAGGUGAGGAGUGGCUGGUCAGUAAGGUGGGGGCGUACCUGCCAGGAGCUCAAGAGGAGGUCCUCGACAUCGUCAACGCUUUCAUCCUGACCGACAAGAAAGCGCUCCAUGUGCGCGCCCUGCGGCCCUUUAAGGACGCGGGGGGGCGGGACCGGCGCACGGGGGAGGAGUGGCUGGUGACCAUCGCCGACAGGGAGGCCCACAUCCCGUCCGUGUCAGAGGAGGUGGUGGGGGUGGUGUACGUGACCACUCUGAGCAGCAGGCACUACUGCGUCAUCCUGGACCCCGUCGGCCAUGACGGGAAACCCCAGCUGGGGCAGAAGAGAGUGGUGAAGGGUGAGCACUCAUUCUUCCUGCAGCCGGGAGAGCAACUUGAAAAGAGCAUCCAGGACGUGUAUGUGCUGUCGGAGGAGGAGGGGCUGGUGCUGAGAGCGGUGGAGGCGUUCAAUGACACCCUGGAGCGCGAUGAGGAAGAAGAGGAGGAGGAGGAGGAGGAGCAGGAAGAGAGGGCGAAGCGCUCGCGGAGGAGCGCCGUGCUCCGCCGCCCCGGGGACCGCUGGAUGCUGCGGGGCCCCAUCGAGUACGUCCCCCCCGCCACGGUGGAGGUGAUGGUGAGACGACAGGCCAUCCCAUUGGACGAGAACGAGGGCAUCUACGUCCGGGACAUCAAGACCGGAAAGGUGCGUGCAAUGAUUGGUCAGACCUACAUGCUGACUCAGGAUGAGGAGCUGUGGCAGAAGGAGCUUCCUGCCAACGUGGAGGCCCUGCUGGCAUCUCCUCUGGACCCGGUGGCCGACCGCUCGGACCGCAGCAAGACGGGAGUCAGCCGGCCCCGGGACAAGACCCGGGUGGUGUCCUUCAGGGUGCCCCACAACGCCGCCGUGCAGGUCUACGACUACAGGGAGAAGAAGGCCAGGGUGCUGUUCGGACCGGAGAUGGUGAUGUUGGGACCUGACGAGCAGUUCACGGUGCUGUCGCUGUCCGGAGACAAACCAAAGAGGGCCAACGUCAUCAAGGCCAUCUGCCUGUUGCUGGGGCCCGACUUCUUCACCGACAUCAUCACCAUCGAGACGGCCGACCACGCCCGCCUGCAGCUGCAGCUCUCCUACAACUGGAACUUUGAUGUGAAGCGCCCGGUGAGCCUUGAGGAUUCAGUCGCUCUGUUUUCUGUCCCUGAUUUUGUCGGAGAUUCCUGCAAAGCCAUCGCCUCCCGCGUCAGAGGAGCCGUUGCCUCUGUGCAGUUCGACGAUUUCCACAAGAACUCCAACCGGAUCAUCUGCUCGGCGGUGUUUGGUUUCGAUGAGAAGAUGGCGGUGCGCUCCACCCUGCGCUUCCCGCAGAACAAGCUGGUGAUCAGCAGCGUGGACAUCCAGUCCGUGGAGCCGGUGGACCAGAGGACCCGCGACUCGCUGCAGAAGAGCGUCCAGCUCGCCAUCGAGAUCACCACCAACUCCCAGGAGGCGGCCGCACGCCACGAGGCGGAGCGGCUGGAGCAGGAGGCCCGUGGUAAGCUGGAGAGGCAGAGGAUCACCGACCAGGCCCAGGCGGAGAGAGCCAGGAGGGAGCUGCUGGAGCUGGAGGCCCUCAGUGCUGCGGUGGAGAGCACCGGCGCUGCGAAGGCGGAGGCUCAGUCCCGGGCGGAGGCGGCCCGCAUCCACGGCGAGGCGGCAGUCAACGAGGCCAAACUGAAGGCGGAGGCUCAGACCAUCGAGGCGGAGGCGGAGCUGCAGCGGCUGACCCAAGCCCGUGAGCAGGAGCUGAACUACAAGAAGCAGAUGGAUGCUCUGGAGGUGGACAAGCAGAAGAGUAUGGCUAACAUCGAGAGCGAACGCUUCAGUCAGUUGGUGCAGAGUCUGGGCAGCGACACGCUCAAAGAGAUGGCCAGGGCCGGGCCAGAGCUGCAGGUGAAGAUGCUGCAGGCUCUGGGGCUGAAGUCCACCCUCAUCACCGACGGCUCGUCUCCCAUCAACCUCUUCACCACUGCCAACGGCCUGCUGGGGGCGCUGCCGGGACAGGGCCAGUGAGGAGGUUUGUCCAAACAGACAGAUUGUCCAAAAGUAAACCUCAACAGAUGCUCCCUUUUUCUGCCGACUUAGCAACAUAAUGUGCCUUUUUGAUUUAAAGAUGCACUUCAUGUGUUUGAUAAAGCCUUCCCAAAAUCUCCUCUAAACCUGCACCUUACUGUAAUGUCCUCUGCAUCUUUAAACUCAAACCGUUUCCAUGCAGAGAUUUGCGCAAACUCUGGAGUUUCCCCCAGGAAAAAUGACCAGAAUUUAAGUACAAAUUCCACCGCAAACAACCUCCAGUAUUCAGACACAUCUCCACAUAAUUCUUCACAACUUAAUUCUUUCCAAACAACGUUUCAAUAUUACAUUUUUCGUGGCCAAAAAUAAUUGUGUGAUAAUAAAUCGAGAUAUUGAUGAAAAUAAAAAAUAUGAUGCUUUUCGUAAAAUGUACGUUUGACUUAGUUUAUUGUGCAUCAAGCAAGAACAGAAAUAACCCAAAAUGAUCUGUCAAGCACUACGUUAUUGACAUUAUAUAAUAUUAUGUGUAUCACUAUAAUGAUAGCAAUUCUUAUUAUUCUCCAGAGCGACACAUGGUAUCCUCUCUUUUUCAAGCAGUCAUUUCAUCCUCGUCCAUUAGACUGUAGGAACCCAAAGAUCCCUCCUGCCAUGACUCUACAUCCUAACUGAUAGCGUUUUAUUUCUACGUUUUUAUAAGCGUGUUUCUGCUGACAUUUAAGAUGUUCCUGUGCUGUGAUGAGUGAGACUCAAUCUAAGUAUCCCACCACACGACUUUUGCCUUUUCAAAGCUCUGUUAAAAUAAAAUGUGUGGAUUACUUUCGGACAGAAACCAGCAUGACGACAUGUUGUGUGUCUUGGUGAAAGCUGUGCUGCGAAUGAAGAAGAAAUGUGCCUACAAACAACAGACAGCCAAUAUUCCUGCUUUGCACCUUUUAGAAAAAGAAGUGAAAUGGUGAAGUUGACAUAGUCCAUAUAAUAAACUGAUGAAGAAUAACCGGGUAUGAAAUAAGAAUAGGAUAGUGUGACUGUCUAUGUUUCUCUACCUUGAAAAGUGAUGUAGUUUCUACAAUAAAAUGCUGGUUCUGCCACUUCUG